AUGGCCACCCAUGGCAAGAGUCUGCACCAUUUGCAGCUCAGAGUCACACAGGUUCACCUGGCAUACAAGUUUGAUGCUAAAUGGAGGGGCCGUUCUGCUUGGCUUGUACAUCUGAGAUUGUCAGCUGCACCAUUGAUUGCAACACCACCAAAGGCAAAACUGACUAUCACUUCUGAGGAAGCUCCUUCAGAAACACCAUCAGUAUGGGGGUCAGGUGUCAAACCAGAAACAGUGCCCAAGGACUUCUGGCAGUAUGUCAACAGCAGCCUGAAUGCAGUCAAGAAGCAGCAUGAUCACAACAAAGGGAAGAUUUCCCAAUACUUCAUCGAGAUUCUCCAUAAGGAUGAAGACAAAUACCAGGCCAACAAAGAGAUCAUUGGCCACCUGCACUUCUCCAAAACUGAGUGUCCUGACUGGCAGAGAGCCACUGAGGGCAUUGGUGGGCAGUGGGUGAUCAAACCUGUGGUGGAGGGCAUCAACGAAGGGGAGGAGGGUGAGGAAUGA